AUCUCUGUUGCUCCUUCUUUAGUGCCUCUCUCCCGCGAUUUCCCGGAGUCGGCUCACUUCGCAAGAGCUCGGAUCGAGGGGUUCUCCUUCGCAGAAGAGGAAGGGAUUCAUGGAGGACGACACCCGGAGCCGCGUGUCCGACGCCUCCAAGCACCAACAGCUCGCUCUGCAGUCCCGAUACGAUGUGUACCUUGGGUCGGAGGACAUGGAUGGCGGGGAGGACGACUCACGGCCAGAGUUCACCUGCCCGUUCUGUUCCGAGGGCUUCGAUAUCGUGGGACUGUGUUGCCACAUCGAUGACGAACACCCGAUCGAGGCUAGGAACGGGGUGUGUCCUCUUUGUGCAGCUAGGGCUGGCAUGGACAUGGUUGGCCACAUAAUGACAGAGCAUGCAAAUUUAUUAAUAGUACGGCAAAGGAGGAGGUUUUGCAAAGGUUCCUUGGGGCAUUACUCCACACUCUUAUUGUUGAAAAAGGAUCUACGUGAUGGCACUCUUCAGUCACUUGGGGGUUCUUUUGCUCCAUCCAACGUGGCACCUGAUCCACUACUGUCAUCAUUUAUUUUUAAUUUGCCUGACAUCGAUCCAUCAAAAGAUGCACGACCUGAAUCCUUGGAUGAAGGAAGUAUGGUUGACAAAACUUCAGAUGAGAAAUUGGUUCAGAGCGUUGUGCCAUCUCCGAUAUACAAAGAUCAGGUAGAGAGUACUCGAAGGAGUGAGUUUGUGAGGCAGAUUGUGAUCUCCACCGUAUUCGACGAAGAUGCAUUAUGAAGAUACCUAACACUCAUGUUGGAAUGAGCAGCGGAUGGUGCAAAAAUCUCAAGUUGGUUGGUGGUUGCUGCCAUGUUGAUACCAAAAGUGAACAAGAGAUUCUUAUACACGAUAUAUACAAGAUUCAAGCAUGGAAUGUCUUAUAAAUGGUUGUAGUAUCUAUUUUAUCACCCAUAUUAGGGGACCGAAGUAGGGUGUUUUCAAGCAUUCUUGUGUAUGAUAGAAUAUAAAUAGCUGCUUGCUGUCUCGUUUCUGAAGACAUUAUUCGUCCUGGAUAUUGGACUGAGGUUUUUGUAAUAUGUUCUUUUAGCUAACUUGUCUGAACUAAGUUGAUCGGUGCAGGUUGCAUAUGAUCAAAUAGCAGUUCGGUCAAGCUAAGAACAUCAAUCAAGCAACCUGGAACAGUCAAUGUGUAUGUAAGGAACUCCACGAUUAGGAGUUGGUCAUUUAUCAUCAUUACUCCAUGCACAAGUAUUGCUCAAAGAUGGAGUUGAUGAGGUACUGCGGGCAGGCGGGCACGUGAUCCAAGUGAGGAGGGUUUUAGUCCCACAUCGCCACGGCACAGAGGGAACACAGGAGGGAGCGUUAUAAGAGAAGAGCGAGGGGCGGCUGUUUUCCAUACUUACCUGGACGGGGUCGAUGGGCGAUCAAGAAGGCUCAUGGCCUAGGUCAGCGGCUUCCAUUGCACUUGGGAGGCGCGCUGGCUUACCAUCUCCCCAAGUGGGAGAGUGGACGUCAUAAUUUGUGGUAGAGGGGGUACGCGUACGCGCGGCCCCUGCCAAGGCAAAUCGUAAGAUAUUUGGGAGAAUUAUUUUGCAUUAAAUUGUACCCGAUAAUAGAUAAAUCUUUAAAAUAUUACAUCUUUUUUAUCCUGAUAAUUUUGCAUGUUUUGUAAUAGAAAUUUU